AUGGGUAAUAAUCAAAAUAAUAAUAACACAGUUCAUAAUUAGAAUGUAUAACAUUUAACAAAUGAUCCUAAUUAUUAAUAAGUGCUUAGAGAUUUAUAUCAAAAUAAUCCUUAAUAAAUAGUUUAGGAUUUUCCAUAAUAUCUAUAAAAUUAAGAUUAGCAUCCAGCGAGAUUUAAACAUAAUGUCGAAGUUAAAAAAGUUGUUCCAAAAUAAAAUAAUACUUAUAUAAAAAAAGAUUCCUUUAAACUAGUAUUUAUAGAAUAUAUGAUCUAAGACAUAAAUUGAUGCUAGUACUUAUUAAAUAGAAUUUGUUUUCGAAUGUUUAGAGGCAAUGACACUCAAAAUUCAUUUGUUAGCCGUCGAAAUAAUUAAUAAUGAAUUUAUUACCUAAAAAAUCAAUGCUUUUAUAUAAAAUACAUACCAAUUUGAACCUGUUUCAGCUUAUAAAUUCGAUAAAUUUUAGUUUGAUAUUAGAUAAAUCAAACUUGAAGACUUAGAGUUUAUAGAUUAAGAAAAUCGAUAUUAUCCUUUAAUCAUAGAAAUGGUAGAAAUGCAAAAUUAAUAUAGGAAACAAAAGAAAAAUAAUUAUUUUAAUACUGUUUUUUCAAGUUCAAUUAAAAUGAAAUAUCAUUAUAGACAUCAGAGAUUAAAAUGUAAAAGAAUGGCAAAGCCUUUAGUGUUAGAGAUGUUUAUGGUGGAUAAAAAGAUUAAGAUAAAGAUUGUGUUAUUUGUUUGAGUAAUAAAGUUAAUACAUUAAUUUUACCAUGCAAACAUAUGAGUUUAUGUUAGACAUGCUGUUAAGGAUUAAAGGAACGUAGUUCUAAAUGUCCAAUUUGUAGAAAUAGAAUAAGUAGCUUUAGAAUAAUAAUGAGAGGGCAAUGAAAAUAAUUAAAUAUACC